UUGUUUUUUCAUGGGGUAACUCCCGGCACUACCAUACAGCUGCCCUUAUGGCGAAGCGGGGCAGGCCGCUCUCUUAACUGCCUGUACAAGUGCCCACUCAAGAUCUUUAGGAAAGUCAGUCAAGAAGAGUUACCAUGGCCUAGUUGAAGCCACAAGGGGGCAUUUUAGUUCCGUGGCCAUGGCUAAGAAGGAUCCCUGCCAGAAAUAUGCCUGUGAAAUCCAGAAAUGCUUACAGGCAAACAAAUACAUUGAAUCUAAAUGUGAAGCCGUCUUUCAGGAGAUGAGAAGAUGCUGUGCCCGGUAUCCUAAGGGGAUCUCUGUUGUUUGCUCAGGGUUUGAGUCGGAGGCGAAAGAGAAAACGAACCAGAUGUCCACUUCUGCUACUUUUUGCGCCCCACAACCAUCCCUGAGGAAGCACUUGUCUCUUGGGGAGCGCCUGCAUUUCCUGCAGACGAUCUAGCUGCGCUGUACCUCCUCUGCACUGUUCGUGGCAGAGAGCUUUCUACAACAAUGCAAGCAAGAUCCUCUGCCACAAAUCAACAGGGGCCAGAAAUCAACAACCCAGCUGCUAAGAGUAGACCCACUAACAAUAUUACCAUUAAAACCUGCCACUGCUGUAGCCUUACUGUCGAUUAAUGUGGAAAUAGAAUAACUCAGUGUGUUGACGUUCAGCUGUCAUCUGAAAUCUGUUGUCAAGGUGGCAGCACCCUGCAGCAAGGUGAUACCCCCAAGCCGCCUUUUGCUGGAUGUUCUACGUUUCAGACAAUCUUGUUAGAUGUCAUAUGUAGAUUAUUAGUCCAUUCAACUGCAGGAACUUUAUUCCGAGCAAGUCAGCGCUCCCAGUCUGUUCAGAAGCCGUCCUUUCCCUCUUGCCUUUUGCUGUGCAGAGAUAACAUGUCAGCAACAAAAGCCUUGGAACUCAGGCUGCUUCUUUUCAGCUGGGUAAUAAUCGGGCUACCUGUGUGCCUCAGUUUCCUCAUCUGCAACUGGACAAACCACCUCUUUUUUGGAUGGUAGAUUUAGUAGCACUCAAGUUCAUUUGCACAAUACUGAUUUAUGUGAAUGCUGUUUUGGAAGCAGCCAGUUUUCAGGGAUCGUUAAUAGUGUGAGUUGUGACCUCUGCCUCACCUUUGUAAAAGCAAUAGUCACUUUAUGAAAAGUCAGAGUGGUAAAAGAGGUACCCUUUAGAAAAUCCCAAACUGUGCAAUGUUAUGUGAACAAAGCCCAUUUUAAUGAAAAUGGAAUUGGAAUGUGGUUGUGGUGUUUCUUUUCUUCUUCAGUUUAGAACCUCCGGAAUAUAUACUG